AUGCGCUGGCUAUCGCGUGCGCGCGCUGCCGUGUGGCCAGAGCCGGUCGACCCGGUCGAGCGGUCCCUCCUGCGCAAGGCCGACUGGCUCAUCCUCCCUUACCUGUGCCUCGUGUUCUGCUUCAACUACCUCGACCGCGUCAACUUCAUCAGCGCCUAUGUAUCUGGUCUGCGCGAGGACCUUGGCAUGCUCAGCAGCGAGUACAACAAUGUCAUCGCCUGCUUCACCGCCGGCUUCGCCAUCGCCCAGAUCCCGCAGAACCUCCUCCUCCUCGUCCUGCCCCCGAGGAUCCUUUUCCCGCUCAAUGGAGUCAUCUGGGGCGGCUUGACGAUGGCAGGCGCCGGAGCGACCAAGGUUGAGCACCUUUACGUCAUCAAGUUCUUCCAGGGCAUGGCCGAGUCGUCUACCUUCAUCGGCGCUCAUUACGUCAUGGGCGCAUGGUACAAGCCGACCGAGCUCGGCAAGCGCACGGCCAUCUUUGCGUGCUCGGCCCAGGUCGCCUCGCUGUUUUCCGGCUCGCUGCAGGGCGCGCUGUACAAGAACCUCAACGAGGUGCACGGCAUCAAGGGCUGGCAGUGGCAGUUCCUGCCGUCCCUGUCGCACUAUCGGGCCACCAAGCUCGACCGCACGAUCCUGCGCCGCGUCUUUGCCCGGUGGGAGGUCUGGCUCAUGUCGCUCAUCUGGGUCGCCGGCGGCGCGCUCGAGUCUUACGGCGCGUGGGGCGUCAUGCCCGUCUGGAUGAAGUUCCAGCGCUCGGCGGCGGGCAAGCCCGUCUACUCGGUCGCGCAGCUCAACCACUACCCGAUGGGCCUCAACGCGGUCGCCAUCGGCGCGCUCCUCGUCACGGCCGUCUGGACCGACCACCGCACCCGGGACCGCUUCGCCGUCAACCUCGUCGUCGCACUGGGCGUCCUCGUCUCGGCCACGCUCGUCCUCGUCGGCGGCCUGCACCCUGGAACGAUCCCUCGAGGCGCCUACUACGUCGCCUUUUACCUAUCCGGCAUCUCGUUCGCCGGUCAGAUGAGCAACUUUGUGUGGGCCAACGAGCUGCUGGUGUACGAUGAGCAGGCGAGGAGCCUUGUCCUCGCGACGAUGAACGUCGUCAGCUACGCCUUCAACGCCUGGUUCCAGGUCGUCUUCUUCCGCACGACGUCGGCGCCCGCCUUUACGCAGGGCUCGUCCCUCAUGAUCGCCUUCGUGGGCCUCAUGUGCGCCUUUACCUGCGCGGCGCGGUACUGCCAGUUGCGGGACCGGCGCCGAGCCGUCCUCGGCGUCGACGAGGGCGACCAGGGCGCGCCCUCGUCGACCGAGGCCGACUCGUACAUGAAGGAGCGGGGGUCGCUCAGCACGAGGCGGCCAGGGACGGCGACGACGGAUGGUGUCGCCGGCGAGGACGAGGAGAAGGAGGCGCCGACGCUGAGCCAGGUCGGCGCGAUGUCGCAUCAAGGUGGUAGAUCUCGCGGAAAGCGCGCGUGGACCGUCCAGUGGCGCAACUUCCAGGCGCGCAAGAACAAGACGUGGGAGUCCGACGGGUUCAUGCUCGUGUGUGGACUCGGCGUGACGGUGCACUCGGACGAGGGCGUUCUCCUCGGCGCCAAGAACCUGCUCAAGCCGCCGGCCGAGGACGACGAGUUCAGCAUCAGCAACAAGAAGGAGGUCCGAGUCGAGAGCGAGAUCUCGCUCAAGGAGUACUACCGCAACGUCCACGGCGGCUCGGCCGGCGACGACCACUCGUCGACUUCGACGCCCGCCAAGGCGGUCCCGGGCUACCUCACGCGGCCGGGCAUGAUCGCGACCGGGUCGACCUCGAAGCCGCACACGCCGCGCCCGUCCUCGUCAAGUCGCCCUGUCGCCGCCACGCCCGUCGUCGGCACCGACACGCCCGAGUCGACCGGCAAGCUCUGGAACCAGCCCGCCGUCAAGCAGUUCACGCCGUUCAAACCGCCGGCGCCCGCCUCGGCGGCCAAGCGCCCGCUCCUCGGCAGCAGCACGAGCUCGCAGCCCAUGCCGAGCAGGCUGCGCGAGAACAGCACGCCCGUCGUCGUGGCCGAGCGCGGCUCGCCCGUCACGUCCGACUCGGCGCGCGCGGCGCGCGAGCGCAAACUCGAGGAGCUCAAGGCGUCGAGGGACGGCUCGGCCAAGGGCAAGGGCAAAGGGCGCGCCGUCCUCGACGCGUCUUCCGACUCGGAUGACGAGCUCGAGAACUCGCCGCCCGAGCACGUCGAGCGGCCCUCGUCGCAGAAGAAGCGCCGCCUCGAGUCGCCUCGGUCGGCGUCCGCGGCGGUCGGCUCGGCGCCGGCGGCGCGCCCGGUCUCCCGCCUGUCGGCAGCAGAUCAAGCUCUCGAGCGUGCUCUCGGCAAGGCGACGGUGCCGGCGCGCACGACGUCGCUCCCUGUCCGCCUCCCGAGCUCGUCGGCCAAGUCGCAGCCGCUCUUCCGCCGCGACUCGUCGCAGUCGGAUGUGUCAAGCAGUCGGCGAGGGCACGUCGAUGACGUCAUGCAGCAGGAGAACGAGGAGGACGAGGACGACGGGCUCGUCAGCGAGGACGACAUGGACGUCGAGAUCGACUCGACGGUGCUCGGCGACGGCGUGUCCUCGUCGCCGGACGUCAAGCUUGGUGGCGGCAAGUCAGUCGGCGCGACGAGCAGCAGUUGGACGGUGUCGCAGAGCGGUGGGGCGGUCAAGCGGUACAACUGCCAGUGGCGCAAGCGCACGCAGAAGAAGCAUCCGACUUGGGAGGGCGACGGGAUCCUCCUUCUGCGCGGCGACAAGGCCGAGUUGACCGACAUCGACACGGGCAAACGCCUCGGCACGACGACCAUGUCCAAGCGGGAGCUCGACGAGGGCGACCUUCUUCGCGUCGGCGACCUGGAAAUCGAGAUUGGCGACAUGGUCACGAGCCGCUCGUCCGCCGGCGCCGCCAACGCCGCCGGGAGCUCGCAGCGCUCGACGCAGCUCAGCGCCGUCCAGCCCACUGCCCUCGCCCUCAAGCCGUUCCGCGCCCCGUCAGCCGCCAAGGCGACCAACCCGCUCGCGCAGCGCAUGGCGUCGGGCUCGCCCGAGCGCGCUCGCUCGGCUCGCGCCCAGACGCCGCUCGAGACGGCAAAGGCGGCCCUCCCGCCGGGCGCCGCCAGGUUCAAGAUGUCCGGCCUCGCGAGCAUGUCGGUCGUGUCGUCGAGCUCGGCGUACGGCAUCAAGGAGGUGCGCAAGGGCGCAAGAUUCGACCCGAACGCCGAGGGCGCGCUCGUCAUGCGCCGCCCGAACGAGGAGCACCAGGCCAUCUACAACAAGAAGAACUUGCCCAUCGUCGACGUCGUCGUCGACCCGCUCAUCGGCGACAAGCUGCGUCAGCAUCAAAGGGAGGGAGUCGCGUUCAUGUACGAGUGCGUCAUGGGCAUGAAGACGACGGGCCAAGGGUGCCUGCUUGCCGACGACAUGGGCCUCGGCAAGACGAUCCAGUCGAUCGCGCUCAUGUGGACCCUCCUCAAGCAGAACCCGUACCAGGGCGGAUCCGCCGGCGUCGUCGAGCGCGUCAUGAUCGUCUGCCCCGUCACGCUCAUCAAGAACUGGAGCGCCGAGAUCCGCAAGUGGCUCGGGCGCGACAAGCUGCGGGUCUACGUCGCCGACGCCGACCACCCGGUCAGCACCUUCGCGAGGAACAAGAGCUACGACGUCCUCAUCGUCGGCUACGACAAGGUCCGUCCUCGCCCCCUCCCCAUCGCCCUCGAGUACUGCCUCACGUUCGAGCUGUCGCAGGUCCGCGCCUACAUCGACGACGUCAAGUACGCCCAGCCGCCGAUCGGCCUGAUCAUCUGCGACGAGGGUCACCGCCUCAAGUCGGCCGCCGCCAAGACGACGAUCGCGCUGCAGUCGCUCUCGUGCAUGCGCCGGAUCAUUCUCUCGGGCACGCCCAUCCAGAACAACCUCGGCGAGCUGUUCGCGAUGCUCGACUUUGUCAACCCGGGCAUCUUGAACGACGCCGGCUACUUCAAGCGCAACUACGAGACGCCCAUCGUCGCAGCGCGUGCGCCAAACGCGACGGCCAAGCAGAAGGAGGCGGGCAAGGACGCUCGCGAGUCGCUCAUGGCGACCCAGGGCCACUUUGUCCUGCGCCGCACCAACGACGUCAUCCUCAAGCACCUUCCGCCCAAGUUCGAGUUCACCGUGUUCAUCCGCCCGACCGAGAUCCAGCUCCGCCUGUACCGCGAGGUCUUGUCGUCGUCGCGCAUCAAGUCGUUGCUCAAGGGCGAGAACGGCCAACAAGGUCUCGCCCUCCUCCAGUCGAUCCUCAAGCUCAGCACCUCGCCGGGCCUCCUCAUGAAGCACAUCAAGGAAAAGGGUCUUGGCCACCUCGACGAGUCGAUGCUCAACGUCCUGCCCAUGGACGCCGACCCGGCCGACUUUCACCUCUCGGGCAAGCUCUCGGUUCUCGGCACCAUGCUCGCCGAGCUGCGCAACCGGUCGGAGGAGAAGAUCGUCAUCGUCUCGAACUACACGACCACGCUCGACCUCAUCGAGACGCACUGCAAGCGCAAGAAGUACCCUUACUGCCGGCUCGACGGCAAGACGCCGCAGAUGGACCGCAUCCCGAUGGUCGAGUCGUUCAACCGAGGCACGCAGAAGAACCAGUUCGUCUUCCUCCUCUCGAGUAAAGGCGGUGGCACGGGCCUCAACAUCAUCGGCGCCUCAAGGCUCGUCCAGGUCGACAGCGACUGGAACCCGUCGAACGACCUGCAGGCCAUGGCUCGCAUCCACCGCGAGGGCCAGAAGCGCGACUGCUUCAUCUACCGCUUCCUCACGGCCGGCACGAUCGACGAGGUCGUCUUCCAGCGCCAGAUCAUCAAGCUCGCCCUCAGCGGCUCGGUCAUGGACCAGGACGGGAAGGGAGCCGCCAAGGCCAAGGACGCGUUCACGCUCGACGAGCUCCGCAACCUCUUUUCGCUGCACGAGGGCGUCGCGUGCCAGACGCACGAGCUCACGGGCUGCCGCUGCCACUUUGGCGAGGCGCCCGGCGCCGACGAGGACGGCCUCGAGGACGAGGACCUGUCGGACAGCGACGACGAGAUGGACGGCUUUGUCCAGGCGUCGCAGUUUCAGGAUGAAGAUGCCGUUCGCAAGAUGUCGAAGCAGCGCCGCAACCUGUCGAUCCUCAAGACCUGGACGCAUUACGACUGCGCCGACGAGGCGGCGCUCGACAAGCUCGAGGACGGCCUCCUGCAGACCGUCAUCUACGAGCGCAUGGUCAAGGCCGACCAGGGCGAGGACCCGAUCCCGCACGAGGGCAACGGCACGCUGUGCGUGCGCGGUGGCCAGGUCGGCUUCGUCUUCGGCAAGAGAACGGCGGCGCCGGUCAAGGAGGAGGAGGUCGACGUCGUCGAGUGAGCGGGGUGGAGGCGGCUUUCUUUCCUUCUCUCUCGCCGUAUCGUGUCGUUCCGUCUAUGCCGUCCCUGUCGCUUGUGCCACCCUGCAAUACACCCCUUUGCUGC